CAACAGGAAAGCCUUACAUCCAUAUGACAAGACAGAUUAAACAAUAGAACAUGUCAUAAAGUGAUCAACAGGUUUUUAUGUUGUACCGGAUGCGGGAUCACGGGCUCAUUUGAACACCUGACAGCGCGCGGGUUCGUGCACGCGUUCCUUCCACUUCGCGACAGCCGACAGCCAUCAAAUUGACAUUGGAGACCGCCCAAGCUCUACACGCCCGGUUGAACGAUUGUACGCUGCUACGAAUUAUGAAUCUGCGGCCAUGAACAAUCAUUUUCCGCAUCACCGCGACUAAUAUCCCUGCUGAUCCGAACCUACUCAACAUGGCGGAUCUUGCCCCGGUCCCCAAGAGGCGCAAACUCUCCAACGAGCAUGAUGCGCCAAAUCUGGACACCACAACAACGCCAACCUUCCAUCAUGUCGUUCCGGUAGUGAUGGUAUCUCCAAGCGCGGGAAAUGCGACAUUACCUGCCACGAAACCCAUGAGCGAAGCCCAACGGGCGUGGCUGGCGGCGAAAAGUAAGAGCAAGGGUUACGCGAAACGAAUCAAUCCCAGUGCGACCGCGUCAAUAGUCACCGGUGGACUAUCGCCUGGAGCAAAAAUUACGGUGGCCCACACUCAGAGUCCUCGGAAGCAACUUGAUCCGUUGAAGAAUCAACGCGGACAACAGCAGCAGCCAAGAAAGCCGAAUGCGAUCGAGGUCAAGAGCUUCUUUAAACAAUUCCAUGCACCACUCCCGGCGACCGCAGCUGCCAACGAAGGGGAAGGAGAUGAGAUACAGGUGGCGCCACGUGCAACGGGCAAGACGCCCGUACCGAAAGCGAGGAAGAAUGCGCAUGGAAUCAAGAUCACCAAAACGCUGGCCGAGGGAGUCGAGCACAUUCCAACAAACGCGCACGAUGGCAUCGUCAUUGGGAACGGUGAAGACGAGUUGAAUGGACCUACAACAUCGGCAUCGCGGACUUCUUCUCAGCAAAUGCGUCCGGUGCUGCCGCUGCCGCAAUCUCAUCUACUUACGCCCACGAAAGCUUCGAAGAAGCAGUUGGAUCGACGGAAAACCCCCCAGUCCAAGGCCAAGGGUGUUAAGCUCGGGGUCGCAGGGAACGAUGUGGCCAUGAUGGAUAUCGAUGGGAGACGAGGAGCCAACACACCAAUACCAAUUUCGUUACCAAAGCCUAAGCCGAUUGUACACCGAACGUGGCCGGUCUUCAUUUUUGAGGGUCGACAUGUCGGAUCCAUACAACAAAUUUUAAUGCAACGUCUCGCCCGGAAGCGGCCAAUGCGAUUGGUAGGCAUGAAAGACGAGUAUGCCAAGGUGUCCAGAUUGGUUGAACAAACUGUGACGGCUGGCGAGAGCAAUAGCAUGCUACUGAUUGGCGCUCGAGGGAGCGGCAAGUCUGCUAUGGUCAACCAAGCCAUCCGCGAGCAGAAUGCUCAACACAGAGAUGACUUUCACGUUGUCCGACUCAGUGGAUUCAUACAUACCGACGACAAAAUUGCGCUACGGGAGAUCUGGCGGCAGCUUGGGCGUGAAAUGGAGCUUGACGAAGAUGAAGGAGCGGCAAAGAAUUAUGCCGACACGUUAACGACAUUGCUAGCUCUGCUUUCCCAUCCGGCCGAAACGGGACAGGUUGCGCAACCUGGGCACAUCACCAAAAGUGUGAUCUUUGUCAUCGAUGAAUUCGAUCUUUUCGCCGGUCAUCCGCGCCAGACACUAUUGUACAACCUCUUCGACAUUGCACAGAGUCGCAAAGCACCCAUUGCUGUUCUCGGACUGACCACUCGAAUCGAUGCAGUCGAAGGCCUCGAAAAAAGAGUAAAGAGUCGAUUUAGUCAUCGAUAUGUUCACCUAGGCCUGGCGAAGAGCUUCGGAGCAUUUGAAGAGAUGUGCCAGUCGGCAUUAUCCAUUUUUGAGGAAGAGCUCGACGCCGACGAAAAGCAGCAGCUGGGGGUGUUGUCGGAAGAAUCUGAAAAUACGCUCGAGGCUGCCCUCGGACCGCUGACAGGGUCGUCUUCUGUUGUUCAGAAUUGGAACAGCCUCACCGAAGAGAUCAUCGCUUCCACUGCUGUUGCGCAUUACCUCCGACGACUUUACUACACUACCAAGUCUCUCCCAGACUUUCUUUCCACAAUGCUUCCUAUCGUUGCGACGCUACCCUUUUCGAUGUCGGAAACCACCUCGACGCAGAUACUCGCCCACAUCACCGCCGAAUUUGAAGCGCAAUCAGUCGAACCCGCCGACUCCAAACUAUCACUCCUGCCUUCCUUGAGUACUCUUCAACUCGCCCUUCUCAUCUGUGCUGCACGUCUCAACGCUAUCUACAGUACAGAAAUCAUCUCUUUUAUCCUCGCCUACGAAGAAUACAAAGGCAUAGCUUCGAAAGCGCGCCUUCAAGCUUCAGCCGCAGGAGCGAUUGCACAGGGCGCUGGCGCCCGCAUUUGGAGCAAAGAUGUCGCACGUGGAGCUUGGGAGACGCUGAUCCGGUAUGGACUUAUCAUGGAGGAUGGUCGUGUCGCAAGUGGCAGUGGAAGGGUUGACGUCGGCUUGGAGGAGAUUGGUAGUAGUCGUGCUGACUUGGGCAGCUGGGCGAGAUGGUGCAAGGAGAUCUAGCGUCUUCACGUAAAGUAACGAUACCAUGUGGCCUCCUCUAUCAUCCUAAACUGCAUUCAUGAGCGCUAUGAAUUUCCAUGCUGAUCUUUUCCACUCAUGGUGUCAUGGGACACUAUCUUGUCAAAUUCUUAGCG